AUGUCAGGGAAUGCGACCAAGACCCUGGAGAGAGGAUGCGCCCCCCCAGGGCCGGUCCCUGAGGGCACGAUCCGCCUCUACAGCAUGAGGUUCUGCCCCUACUCCCACAGAACCCGCCUCAUCCUUCAGGCCAAAGGAAUCAAAUACCAAGUUGUCAACAUUAAUCUGAGAAACAAGCCUGAAUGGUUCUAUACUAAGCACCCCUUCGGUCAAAUACCCGUCCUGGAGAACAGCCAGUGUCAGCUGAUCUAUGAAUCGGUCAUCGCUUGUGAGUACCUGGAUGACGCUUAUCCGGGGAAAAAGCUGUUUCCAUGUGACCCUUAUGAGCGAGCGCGUCAGAAGAUGUUAUUGGAGCUGUUCUGUAAGGUCCCAUAUUUGACCAAGGAGUGUCUGAUAGCAUUACGAAACAGGAGAGAUUGCUCAGACCUGAAGGCGGCCCUACGUCAGGAAUUCUGCAACCUGGAAGAGAUUCUUUGCUAUCAGAAGACUUCCUUCUUUGGCGGGAACUGCAUAUCCAUGAUUGAUUACCUCCUUUGGCCCUGGUUUGAACGGCUGGAUGUCUAUGGGGUAGCUGACUGUGUGGACCACACCCCAACACUUAAGCUCUGGAUGGCAGCCAUGAAGCAGGAUCCUGCAGUGUGUGCCCUUCUUAUAGAUAAGAGUACUUUCCUGGGCUUCUUGAAUCUCUACUUUCAGAACAACCCUGAUGCCUUUGACUAUGGGCUGACUUGUUGA